AUGAAAAACAAAGCCACCGAAGAAAGUUUGCCCGCGAAUUCUCUUCAUGUGCAGCAGGAGAGUACAAGUCCGACCGAUGUACAUCCUUGCCUAGAUAUCUCGGGCCCCAAUGACCUCAGCAUUCCAUCUUUAUCUCAUCUCACCAGUGACUUUGAGGCUGUGCUAACACACUUCGCCAGGACAUAUAAUCUAGAAUACGUGCCCAACAAUGGUUGGCUUCCUAUUUUAACGACUAUACACCGAACCCUUGAACCUUUAGACCGAAGUGACUUAUAUGCUUUCUUCGUGUCCGUGCAUCAUCGGUUUAUUGCAGCCGGUUAUAAUACCGAUAACCGGGCUUGCACAGUUCUCCAUCUGCUGCUUCAGUACCACGAGCCAAAGCUCUGCAACCUGUUGGAUUCAUUCAAUAUUGGACCUGAGUUGUAUGCUCGCUCAUGGCUAACGAGUCUCUUCGCCAGCGUUGUAAAUCCUAAAUGCGUCGUUCCUCUUUGGGACAUAAUAUUUCUUGUUUCCGAUCCAUUAUUUACCUUAUUUAUUUCACUAGUUUUCUUAUUGAACUCUAAAUCAAUUUUAUUCGACGAGGAGGAAGAACAAAAUGCAGAGAAUAUUGCAAAGAUUCCUCCUUACAAGAAGAUGAUGAGAGGUAGGUUUUUAAAGAAUAAUUGGCUUGCUACUUGA